AUGAGACCUUUCAACUAUUUCGUGCCAUUGGGCAUGCUGCUGGCUGGCGUCGAGGGUAUCGCUGUCCCCUCUGACUCUUGUCUGGCAUCCGUUACUGGAGUCAGCAGCAAAGUCUACGUAUCUGACUGCAAGGCGUUCCUAUAUACCACUGUGACGCCAAAGAAGGCAAUUGUUUAUAGGACCGUGACAACGACAAGCAUCCCGACAGUCAGAAAAUCCGUCACGGGAACCAACACAAAAUUCGCUACCGCCACCACCACCAAAUCAGUCAUCCAAACUGUCGUUGUCGAUGCGACUACAACUCAAGUCAAUGAUCGUACAAAGAUCAUAACCCAGCAGACUACAAAGAUAAUUACAACUACAGCUCAAGAUGUCUCCCCGCCAUUUAAGCGAGCUGCCAACGUUCCUGCUAUCCCUUCCUAUGCCAGCAAGGGGUGCACCGACUCGGCAAAAUACUCAUCAGCUUGUUCCCGCGUUGGUGUCACCAGCAAGGUCGUUACCCUUCCUCGAGCGACCAUCGUUUCCGUCAAGCAUCUCAUUAUGAUUCCCCGACGAUCAACGAUCAAGACAACUAUCGAAACUGCCUAUGCUACCAAGACAGUCAAGACGGAGACAGUCCUCCAAACGUACACCACUGAGCAUGUCACCCGCAUCGUCGAAACUGCUACAGAAGACAAUUUUGUUGCUACCCAAACUGUCUACCAGACCAGCACUACAACCAAGGAAAUCGAUCCAGUUCAGACAGUCUAUCUUAUCGCACACGAUAGCGGUGACCCCAGCCUUGCCCCUAUCGGAGGCGUUGGUUUCAUCAAUCUACGGGCACAGCCAGGCUCCACAGGAAACUAUCUUAUCGACUUUACCACCGAUGUUAGCUCUGACCAACGAUCCAUCCUGAAUACGCAUACAGGAGAGCUCGUCGCCGACAACGGGCCUGAAAGUUCUGCGGGAAAGACAGCCUACUACAAUUACUAUAGUACAAGCCCGUAUGGCGUUGCGCGUGUCAUGUCAAAAGCAUCAAAUGGUGAGAGCCCUCUGGUUUGCAAGAUUGUCCCGGCUACUGAAUACCCUUUGGGACUUCAGUGUUUGUGGGGAUCGAACCAGAUUGCGGAAUUCUGGACAUGUGUUUCACGAUUGAUGCUGGUUCAGCCUGGAUAUGAUUUUUCAAGUAAAUGCUCUGGAGGUUCGGGGACGUCAUAUAUGAUUAACAUUGAGGUUCGGCCGGCUUAG